UUCAACCUAGUGGGUGCGGGCUGUUUAAAUUAUAGGGAAACUCGUGAAGACAGCCCUUCGCUUUUCUUUGGAGCUGUUUGUGAGAACCCUAGUGCCUUAAUACAAUGGUGGCCGCCAAGAAGACUAAGAAGUCCCAUGAGAGCAUCAACAGCAGGCUUGCUCUUGUCAUGAAAAGUGGCAAGUACACUUUGGGUUACAAAACUGUACUUGACACCCUAAGAAGCUCCAAAGCGAAGCUGGUUAUCAUUGCCAACAACUGCCCUCCUCUUCGGAAGUCCGAGAUAGAGUACUAUGCGAUGUUGGCUAAAGUUGGGGUUCACCACUACAACGGGAACAAUGUAGACUUGGGGACUGCUUGUGGAAAAUAUUUCAGAGUUUGCUGCCUCAGCAUCAUUGAUGCAGGUGACUCGGAUAUCAUCAAGAGCAUGCCUACCGAGCACUAAUGAGUGAACAAUGAACAAUAUCAUAUCCGUCUAGGAAUUGGUCAAAUUUUUCACCAAUUUUUUCUACUUACAAGCUUUGUUUUGUUCACUAGGACUAUAAAUCUUGAACUCGGAAACUGCUUUCUGCCCUUUUUUUGCGUUGAGACAUAAUCUGCUAUGCUGUGUACUAGAAUUUUGUGAGUUUCAAGUUGAUUGCUUUAAAACCUUGGCAUGCA